AUGAGAACGUCACCAAACAUCAUCGUCACUGGUACGCCGGGCGUGGGCAAAACGACGCAUUGCGAAGAGCUCGCCAGGCGGACAGGUCUCAAGCACCUUUCGGUCAACCAAGUUGUCAAAGACCGGGAGUGCCACGAGGGCUGGGAUGCCGAUUUUCAGAGCUGGAUCGUUGAUGAGGACAAGGCCAAGCUUCAGGAGAAUCUAGACUCGGAAAUCAUGGAGGUCCUACUUCAAGAGGCCAGGGAGGCUUUUGACGAGGAAAUAGUCGUCGAGCUUACGAGUAAUACGGCUGACGAGAUGGAGGUGAACAUUUCGAGGGUCGAGGCCUGGCUUGAGCAAUGGAAGAAGGACUUUUCGUUAUGA